UUUUGUAAUUAAAAAAUUUUUACACGAUUGAGGCGGCACAAUUUAGAGAAAAAACAGUACUAAAAAGAUCAAUGUUAAAAUUACUUAUGUUACAGUGCAGGUUUAUGUUGCUAGUUUUAGCCGGAGUAUUAUGUAUUGUACGGGGACAAUAUUUUGAAAUAUGGACGGAGUUUGUUAAUGGUGACGUCACCUUUAAAUGGACGAACGUUUCGAGCCUGCGCAAUGAUAUCCUUAUCAUUAACGACUCUGAGUCAUCUGACUGGGUGAAGACGUAUGAGGACCAGUACACGGUGACAGAUGUCCUUAGGUAUAAAUCAGUCACUAUAGAAGUACGGGAGUACAAUACUACUGAGAUCACUAAAGGUCACGUGGAUUACAUAAAGACAUAUAAUGUGAUCAUAUCGGAAACUAAAGAAGGAGAAUCGAAAAACAUUUCCUGGACGGCUAAUUACCGUUAUUUUCUAGAAGAUAACUUUUACCGUAUAUUCCAUGAUUCACACAAUGGUUUACGUACCAGAAUCAUCAAGAUAAAAAAGGAUGAAGCAAAAUCUACUACAAAAUAUGUAUACCACACCCGACCGUUAAAUUCUGUUCACAUUCUAUUUGAGGUGAAGAAUAUUACCUUGGAAGACGCCGGAUAUUACGUAGGAGGUGUCAAAGGAAAUAAAGAUGAAGGGGGAGUGGUACUGGUGGUUCAUGGAAAGCCUGUAAGACCAGUCAUUAAAGGAGAGAUGACAAUAAGGGCAGGAAACCUUGCCUUUCUGGAAUGUGUCAGUAGAUCUACCUCCACUCCUUAUUACUACAAAAGGUUCCCGCCAUUAUCGUAUUUGUGGUACACUAACAAUACCAGGAUUGAUGGAGAAAACCGGGAAACCUACAAUUUCAGCGUCAGCAAGAAUGUUAAAUACAACAAGUACAGUUGUCAAGUUAAAGAAACCGUGGAGUCAGAGAGAAGUAAUGAAGUAAACAUCAACCCUUUAUAUGGUCCGGACAAAGUUAUCAUUUCCCCUCAGCUUACUAUGAAUGUAUUAAAACUUCAGGAAGGUGAUAAAUUUGGUCCAUACCACUGUUCAGCGGACUGCAGCCCACCGUGUACCUUUCAAUGGUUCCACAUGAAUUCCACUGGUGGUUUUGAGGCUUCAUACCAAAGUAAUUCAACACACGUUCUACAACAGCAAACUUCUAACAGAACCAGGACGAGGUUUUAUUGUGUGGCCUACUGGCCGUGUGAAGGAAACUACACUAACUACAGUAAUUUAACGCUAGACAUUCAAUAUUUAUAUAAACCAGUUGUAUAUGUCAAUGGCGUGGCAGAAAGCUAUUUAAACAUCUCACAGAACGCUUUUCUAACGUUAUCGUGCUUCACUGAUGGGAAUCCUGCUCCUAUUGUGACCAUUAGUAGAGGAACAAGGAACAAGAUCCUGGGGAAAGGCACCAAUACCUGGGUCAACUACACCUUUCCUGGGAAGGCUCAAUGUACUGAUUCCAAUAUAUACAGAUGCGAGGGAAGUUCAAAACAAUACCCAUCCAAAGUUACUACAAUUUUCAUCAACAUUCCAUGUAAGCCUCGUCUUGACGACCGGAUGGAGUUUGAAUCUACAGUUUAUAUAAAAGAUCUACCCACUUCCGUAACUGUAAAUGUGCCCAUCAUUUCAAAUCCCAAACCGAGGUUAGUCACGUGGAAUGGGCCACUCCUUAAUUUCGAUAUAAGCACAACAAUGUCGCAAAGAAACGAAGUUUACCAGCACUGGGUGUCCAGCACUAUCACAAUUCUUAAUGAGAGUUUUCUCGGUAACUAUACUGUGUUUGGAGAAGGGAUUAAACUGGUAACCAUCGAGGUUAGAGAGAUCGACACAGAUUUUGGUUCGCCUCCGCCUCAAUGGAAACUGUGGCUUAUUGUUCAAAUUUUCGCUGGUUUAUUCGUUCUGCUAAUAAUAGUCAGCAUUAUCUGUAAAGCCACCUGUAAAUCUAGUCAAGGACGAUCACCUCCAAGCAAGGAAAACCCUGGUGUUUAUGAUAUUCCAAGCAAGGAAACCCCUGGUGUUUAUGAUAUUCCAAUGGGAUCACGAGAAGAAGAUGAAAAUAUACCAUUUGAAUACCAUUACCUGACUAUGACGGCAGUCGGGUCUUUACCAAAAGGCCAGAAAACAGUGGACGAAAUCAAUGACAAGUUGAAACUCGAUAAUCAAUACGAGAACGUCAUGGAGGAACACGAGGGGCAAUUCACCUCCCUCUAUAUCAAUGACUCAUUUAAAAGUACAGUGUGA